UAACGUGGAUCCAGAGGUUUUCUCCACAAAAUCAUCGAACAAAAAAAGCUAAGUCAUUUUUACUUUCUUUCUCUCUCAAAAUCACAGACAUCAAUUCACAAAAGGACUCACAAUGGACUUCAACCAAUGGAAUAUUAUUUGGAGUAUCUGCUUUGGAGCAAUUGCCUUCAUGAUAAUUAUUGGAAACUGUCUCUCCAUCAUAAUCCUUCUCAAGCGCAGGCUUCGCAAACGUCCGCAUUACUUGCUGAUAAGUUUAGCCAUUGCGGACCUGUUGGUUGGUGUUUUUGCAAUGCCUAUUUACAUGAUCAUCGUGAUGUCUGGAAAAAAAUUUGUUACAGUGCUUGUUUUUGAUUGUGUGGACAUGUUCACUGGAUUUUCCUCGGUGUUUACCUUGGUUUUAAUUUCCAUGGAAAGACUGAGUGCAAUCGCGCAACCUUUGCGCCAUCGACUGCUUACCUCACGAAGUUACAUCUUUGCGCUGAUAACACCGUGGAUCCUGGCAGUAGCAGUGACGUCUUCUCGCCUGCUGCUACAGUUAGCCAUCAUAACAAAACAGCAGUUCCUGUGCAUUAUUAUCUUGAGUUUAUCGACCCCACUGUUCCUGUUGUGUCUGGCUUAUUGCAUCAUUAUGCAUAAGGAAGCCUUACGACCACAACUAGGUUUCAGAGCAAGGAGCGAAGCCAGGCUGUCUAAGACAGUGUGCCUAAUAACCGGCAUGUUUAUAUUAACGUGGAUGCCAUUCCAAGUAUUGGUCAUCGUUAUUCAUAAAUGCACUGUAUGUAGCAAAAGCGUACCUGUGUCAGUGGUAUUCUUAAUUAAGCUUCUGCAGUUCAGCAAUUCGGUCGUUAAUUUCUUCAUAUAUUGUCUUCGAAUGCCAGUGUAUCGAAGGGCAUUGUCUGCAUUGUUUCGGAGCUGCAAUUGCUUUGUUUCCCAAACUCAAGUGCACCCUUUCUUUCGGCAUCAAAACACUAAUGUCACAAUAAUUUCCCUCUCGAGUUCGGUGUCUGUAAACCGCUGCAGGCAAGGACAAAGUGAAAACUCAGAAAGUAUAAUGGAUACGCAAAUCAAUCAGAUAUAAAUCUGUCUCGUUCGCAUUGAAUUUUAAGCUUAAAGAGCAAAUUCAAAGUGUACUCUCCCAAACGAUUGACAUUGCGUUUUUGAAAAUUUGAAAUAACUGCUUAAUU